CUUACUCUGUUUCUUUUCUAUUCUCUAUCAUGUCGCUGUUAAAUUGUCUCUCUUUCUCUCUCUUUCCAUCAAAAACUCUUUGGUACUUUUACUUUACUCCCUUUUCUUACCAUUGGUGGCAAACCAACAAUACGGCUACUUGAAUCAUCUCGGUAAAUUGUUUCACUUAUUUACUGACCUCUGCAAGGGGAAUUUCUCAUUUUCACCAUUUAAUCUGGUUGAUAAUUGAUUCUCUCUCAUCAUAUUGUCUAAUUAGGAUCAGACAAUCAUCAUCAUCAUCAUCGAUUUAAUCACCGUCAAUAUAUAUAGAAAGUGUCUCUAACUUUGUGGUUUACUUUUUUCUCUGUGCUGGUUUGUAACCUUUUACCUCUUUGACUCUUUGUCUUUUCCGCAAUAAGCUGGACAAUAUCAAGGUCAAAAUGGAUUUUAGAACAACUUCUCGAUUGACCCUUCUACUGGUCAUUUUUUAUUCUUCCAUGGUAAUUGAUUCAUCUAAUGGUCAAUUGCUCUCUGGAGCGUUUACUUCAAUCAGAGAUUUUAGGAAAAAUAUUCUCGGUGGUAUCUUAGGUGUUACUCCAAUUUCCGGUGAUAUGAUGUCCUAUUCAGCGCUUACCGGAGCCGCUCAGACCCUUGGUAAUUCUCAAUCCCUUGAAAUUGCCCGACAAUUUAUGACCGUUAUCGCUUCGUCCAUGGGUCCAAUUGCUGUUCCCUAUUCCCUUGAUUUUACCCUUUCAUCCAACAUCAAUUCAACUUAUGAUUACAUCAUUGUCGGUGCUGGUUCGGCUGGAGCUACUUUGGCCGCUCGAUUAUCCGAAAAUCCAUCAAUUAGAAUUCUUCUAAUCGAAGCUGGUGGUGAAGAGAAUCUUUUAUCAACCAUUCCCGUUGCUGCCUUUUUAUUACAAAAAUCCAAGAUCGAUUGGUCUUAUGAAUCAGUUCCCCAAACUCGAGCGGCUUUCGGUCUAAAUGGUAACAAAAUUCCUGCUCCUCGAGGUAAAUUGGUCGGCGGUGGAUCAAGUAUCAACUACAUGUUAUAUGUUCGAGGUAAUAAAAGAGAUUACGAUCGAUGGGGUGAACUCGGUGCUACUGGUUGGAAUUACUCUUCAAUCUCACCCUAUCUUGUCAAAAUGGAGGGAUCUCGAGAUCCUCAAGCUGAUCGUGGUUAUCAUGGUACAACUGGACCAUUAACAGUUACCCCGCUCCAAGAACCUUUUCCCGUUGAUAAAGCAUUUUUGGACGGUGUUCGUCAAGUAGGUCUCAAAGUUGGUGAUCUAAAUGGUGAAGAUCAAGAAAAAUUCAUGUACUCCCGAUUCACUGUUCGUGAUGGUCGUCGUUGUUCAACUGCUCGUGCCUAUUUAGGACCUGCUUCUGGUCGUCGUAAUCUUCAUGUUGUCAUUCUUGCUCGAGGUAACAAAGUUGUUUUUGAUAAUAAUAAACGAGCCAUUGGGGUAGAAUUUAACAAAGACGGUCGAACCUUCCAAGUUUUCGCUCGACAGGAAGUUAUCCUUUCCGCUGGUGCCAUUAACACUCCACAACUUCUCAUGCUCUCCGGUAUCGGACCUCGAGACCAAUUACAACAGUUUAACAUUCCCAUGGUUCAAGAAUCUCCUGGUGUCGGUAACAAUUUACAAGAACACGCGUUCACUUUACUCAUGUACUCGACAAGAUUUGGUUCGAGUUUUGUUUACACUCGAGUAAAAACUGCAAUCGAUGUCGCUAAAUUCGCAAUCGCAGGUUCUGGUUCAUUCACCUCACCAGGUCUAAAUGUUAUCGGUUUUUGGAAAAGUAAAUACGCUGUCGAUGAUCGUCCCGAUAUUCAAAUCCACGAAUUAGAUUACAUUCCCGGUGGAGCUUUUCCCAACAUGGUUCUAGGUUAUAUUCUUAAUUUUAACAGAGAAGUUCUUUUUAAAUAUGUGAUGCCAUAUACUCUUUCCGAUGGAACCAUGUACGCUGUUACCCUUGUACGACCUCGAAGUACUGGUACCAUUAGAUUAGCUUCGAGUGAUCCUCGAACUGCUCCACUUAUUGAUUACAAUUUGUUUGAAGAUUCUCGCGAUCUUGAUGCUCUUGUUGAAGGUUGUAAAUUGAUUCAAAACAUCACCAAGACUCCAGCCAUGCGAGCAAUUAACACCAAACAAUUUAACACUCAACUUGGUUCCUGUGGACAAUACGGUUCAAUCGAGUCUGAAGCUUAUCUCCGUUGUCUCACUCAAACAAUAACCUACACUAUUUAUCAUCCAACCAGUACCGCUAAAAUGGGCUCCGAUGACGAUCCAAUGGCCGUUGUUGACCCUCAACUUCGAGUUCGUGGUGUAACAGGUCUCCGAGUUGUCGACGCUUCAGUAAUGCCUGAAGUUCCCACCGGUAAUACAAAUGUACCCACCAUUGUACUCGCCGAGAGAGCCGCUGAUAUUAUGAAAGGCCGUCAAUUGAGACCACAAAGUCUUCCGUAUACCGAUCAAGGCUCAUUAUUGAGAUACGCUUAGGAUACACAAACUAAAUUAAAUUGUAAUUGAAACUACAUCAACAUCAAACUAAUUAUCAAUCAAAAAAUAACGAAAAAAAAAGACAAAACGAAACGGAAAAAAAUGAACUGUUAAUUGUUAAUUAACUACAAAGGAAACUCAAAAUAGUCUCAAUAUGAUCUCAUCUAAUUUUCUUUGUUAAUUGUUAAUUGUAACCUGAUUGACAUUCAUCUCUUUUCGGGCCAAAAAAAAGUUCACCCGUUGAUUUACUUGUAAUCAAAAAAGAGAAAUUUUAAUUUUGUUGACUCGAGAAUCAAAUUUAAUUGAUUCUGUUUAAUUAUUAUUUAAUUAAAAAUGACGCUAAUUGCAAACAAUCAAAA